AUGACGAAGCGACUCUUCCUGGACACGGUGCGCCACAUCUUGCGCGAGCUCUUCGAGCCGCUGGACGAAGCGUCCGUCGACGUCUCGGUGCUUGGUGAUCUAUUUGACGAGAGCCAUUUGCGCUUCGAGAACCUCUUUGUGAAGCUCGACGUCUUCAACACUCUUCCAUGGCCGUUCAAGGUCCAAACGGCGUACAUUGGCCAGGUGCACGUCCAGGGCAUGCUGGGGGCCGUGGCGGGUGCUCCCAUGACACUUCGGGUGCGCGACGUGCACAUUGUCUUGAGCGCCAAAGAUGUCGACUGGGCGGACGUCGACGGCCUUCGCGUGGCCAAUGAGCUCUACGUGGCGCUCAUGCAUCGCCUCUGGAACCGCCACCACAUGGAGGGUAGCGGCGCCAAGAAAACCGAGUCGGUCAAAAUGUGGCUCAAGCGCCGUAUCUACGCGACGCUCGACCACAUGACUAUCAAGGUCGAGAACAUUCACAUGCGAAUCGAGGUGCCGUCGCCGCCGCCAACCCUCGAGACGCACGUUUUAGGACUCCUCAUUCCCACGUUUUCGGUGACGUCGUGUGAGUCCGACUGUCACAUCUUACACCGGCGCGACGUGCCCCCCGCGCUCCAUCCGACAACACCCGUCGUCUCUAAAGUCCUCAUGCUGGACCGCAUCACGCUGUACUCAGCCGUUAGCGCGACGGUCCCCGGGAGCUUGUCGUCGGCCCAAUGGCGGGACCAGUUUGCGUAUGUGUGGCCCGCUGAGGCGCGUGAACCCCUCCUGCAGCCUGUUCGCGUCCAGAUAAAGGUAGACUGGGCCCAAUGCACUGACGGCACAGCCAAGUACAAGAUACGUGCCGUCGACAUUGCAGUUAGUCAUCUUGACGCGACGCUGAAGCCGGUGCAGGUCGCACUGCUUUUGCAGCUAUGUUCGCACGUGGACACGUUCCAGCGAUACGUGCGGUACCAGCGCCUCAAGCCGUACGGCGCCGAUCGACGCCCGCCACUGUUGUCGCUACCGGCGUUUGUGUUUUUGCCGCACUGGACCCCGCCGGCCGCACGCGACAACAAGGCACGCCACAAACUAUCAGCGCGAGCGCGCUGGCAGUUCGCCUUGCGCUGCGUGCUUGCCGACUUGUACCCCCGCCGUGACGCACUCUGGCUGAGUCCGGUCAUUCUCAUGUAUACGGAUCUGUAUAAGCGCCAGGCGUCGCCGGCUUACGUCGCGCACAUCACCAAGAGUUUGGUAGAAGACGGCAAAGCGAACACGCUUCCCAAGUAUGAGCCCUUGUCGCCGCACGAGGCCGAUAUGCUCUCCGACUACGUCUACAAGAUUGCGUUGGACCACCAAUUGCUGUGCCGAGCCGUGUGCGAUCGAGUCAUCCGACAAGACUUUUCCCGCUUGAACGAUGCGCCGCAUGCACCACUUCUCAAGCGCCGGAGCCUCCUUCGCCUCGGCAGUGCGCAGGAUCUCACGAGUGCGCGUGGGUGGAAGUCGCUCUCAAAUGUCGAAGAUUUUCUCUUUGGCCAAGCUGCGCUCGGCGUGCACGUGCCCCGAAUCAAGGCGCGCGAUGAGCCACCGCAUCCCGUGCCGGCCUUCUUUCGCGUACCCCGGCCCAUGCUGCACUUUGCGGUCGCCUCCAUGAGAGUGAGCAUCCAAGACGAGACGCAAUCAGACGUGUGGGUCGCAACGGCAGGCUCCAUUGCCGCCGUGAGCAUUGUCGCAGCUGAGUAUGUCCUCCUCGAGCUUCGGCUUGGCAAGUUCGGCCUCUCCAUUUCGCCGAGCCGGGGCACCCUCCCCUUGCCCGUCGCAAGCAUUGCGUACAUCCACGACGAAGCCGAUGGCUCCAUCUACAUUGGUGUGCGUUACGACCCAUGCUCGAUGACAGCCUUGGCGACCAAAUACGCGUGGAAGGUCAAGUGCAUGCUGGGGAAAGUCAAGGCAUUUCUUUCAACGAGCGACAUGGAUCGAAUGCGCGCGUCGGUCAUGCAGCCCCAGGGCUCGAUGAUGUCCUUGCUUCGGCGUGAGUUCAAGCAUUCGUUCAAGCGCCCCUCGUGUUUGGGGAAGAAGCUGCCGACAGCUCCAGCAACGUCCAUGAAGGAUCGCGUGAAACAGGGCCUUGAGGCGCUUUUGCAGGCAACGACGCUGGUCGAGGUUGCCGUCGGUGGGCUUGAUGCGACCAUGAGCUUGACGGCGCUUGCUUGGCUACAAGUUUCCGAUGAUAUGUCUGUGCCGGAUGGGGAGGUGAAGGAGCGUGCGCAUGUGUUUGUGCCGCCUCACGCGCUCUCGCUUUCAAACGACAUGGACACCAACGAGUGCGUCGUGGAUGUUCUGCACCAUCGUGCGACGUUUUCGGGCUCGCCAUCCGGCCACCGCGCCGCAAUUGCGUACCUCUUGCGCUCCAUUCGUUAA